AGUAUUACUCUCUUAACUAUAAUAUUCUACUAUUCAACACACUUGAAGAGUUGAAAGGAUUAAAGUACAAGCAAAAAGCAUGACUGAGCAACAUCAGGCAGAAUAUGGACCAGUUUCUGAAGAUGACAUUUGUAAUGUCAAUUACUUCAAAACAACUGGGACAAAUUGUAACACUGUCAAAUUUGACUUUCCCAAAGAGGAGUACUGCUGCAAGCCAUGCCGUGAUGGGCAAGAGAACCCGUACCCAGAACACAGAAAUAGUUGCUCAAACAUUGCAGACCAAACAACUACAGGUCAAACUGAGAUAUAUACAACGACCCAACAGACCUUUACCACGGCUAGUGAAAUACAAAUACCAGCUACAGAUGGGACAACUGCUACCAAUCAAACAGAUGGUCCUACAACCACAGCAGUUCCAUUUCUAGAAGAAAUCACCACAGAACAAGCUAACACAAUGAGAGGCGAAAUUGGUAUAUCACUGGUUCCAGAUACAAAGUUGGAUGACACAACCAUUGCUUGGAAUGUUGUCAGUGCGAUUAUCUGUGUGAUAUUAGCAAUUCUAGCAGUGUAUUUUUUCUGUAAAUACCGUAAAUACAAAAAAAUAGUAAAGGAUAAAAAAAAGGUUUCAUCACCAACAUCAGCAGCUAAUGCAAGGAAUGGCGAUCAAUUACUACACCCGAAUCAAGACACAGCUCUAAGAGAUGACGUCCCUAAGCAAAAUGUAUUACAAGAUGUAGAAAGCACAGGUGAAACAGCUUCCUUGAUUUCUCCCGCAACUUCGGGAUAUACAGAAGCAAAUGACAGCAUGACAGAAACACUAGCACCAAAUUUGCAACAAGCAGAAACACAAUUUAAAAAAAAAAAUUGUCCAGAAUUCCCAACAUUUUAUGGCCCAUGACACCCUUUUUUGUGGGCUUCUAGUACUCAUGGCCCACUGUUCACCAUUCCAAAAAUAUUGUCGUUCCAUUUUCAUAGAUUAGAUAUUUGAACUAAAAUUACCUUUUAACAAUAUUGUACUCUUUUUUGAUUUGUUUUGAGAAACACCCACCUCUGUAUUAGCUGCCUAAUUAACUUUUUAUCGGGUAGCUAAAUUGUACUUGGCAUUUAUAUAUUUAGGCUCAUUUUGAUCAGUACUAACUAGUUGUGAUGUUACACAAAUAAAAUUGAAAAAGCGCAAGAAUAUAUAAAAUUAUAUAACAGAUGUAUAAAAAAAAUAAAAAUUAAAAAUUACAGGGAUUGUCAUAGGGCAUAGAAGA